UCGAACGAACUCAGGCGAUUUCCACGGAAAAGCGCAAUGUGAAAGCCGAAAAAGACUAGAAAUAGCCUGGCGUGACGUCCCCACACAGACGACAGACAGCAGAACCGAGAACCAUUAACACAACAUCAGUUGUUGCGGACUAUAACGUACGGCGAUCGGAUCUAAUCGGAUCGAUCUCGAGAUCCUUCUCUGUUUUGAAUUUCGCAAAAAGAAAAAAUAAUAAAAAUAAAUAAAUAAAGAAACGUGUUAGACUAAGAAGUGUCACGAAAAUGCCAACAUUCCAUUGUUAAAUCGAGUUAACAAACAAAUAAACCGAAAUCGAGAGAGAGACAACACGGAUUUCUAUGAUCAGGUGGCUGUGUGGUGUCUUUUUGAUAUCCUUCAACAACGUCGCGAGUGUCAAGUGCGUCCAAGUUGUGGUGCUUUUCGUUGAGAUGCCUCUCUGAGCUGCUCCGGCCCUCCUGGAAUCCGAAUCGAAAUCCACUUGAGGCAACCACCCAGUACCCAGUGGUCAGUGGUUCGGGCUCGGGACCAUGCCGGUCAUUGCCGAUUCCGCCAGCGAUGAGCCACCAGCAAAAUGUUGCAAACAUUGUGAGGAGUCUACGCAGAGCGUGGACGGAGCACCUGCAUCGUGGCGUUUAACGCUCGAUCAGGAUCUAAUUGACACGCUCAAGGGCAACUUUCCCAGCUGGUUCCAGGGCUCGGCCGGCGGCGUACCCGCCUCCAAGCAGCAGCAGCAUCAGCAGCAGCUGGCCCAGCAGAAGCACCACCAACUGGUGGCCACCAGUGUCAUACCCAUUACCAUUGACACCAAGCUUGCCACAAAUACACUCCAGCAACAGCAGCAGCAGCAACAAACCGCGGUGAUUUUGGGCCAUAGUUCAUCGUCGGCCUCGCCUGCCUCCUCCGUCAGUUCCAAUUCAUCGAAAAAAUCCAUUAGCAGCAGCCUGAGCAGCUGCAGCAGCAGCAGUAGCAGCAGCUCCCACUCCAGUUCCAGUGCCAAGGGAGCCGGUGCAGCGACGGCUAGCCGGUUUCUCAACAAAUCCACCUCCACGUCGCCGACAAAGAGCCUAUCGAGGACAUUUAAGGCCACCACCCAAAAGACCGGCAGCAAUAGCAGCAGCCAGAAGGUGGGACAGCUGGUCAAGUCCGCCUCGCUCCAUAGCCUGAGCAGCGGUAGCAGCAGCAGCACCAGCGGCGGUAGCAGCAACAGCAGCCACAGCAGCAGCAGCGGUAGCGGUAGCGGUAACGGAGGCAGUGGCACCGGCAGCUCCUCGCUGCUGGCCACCAUCUCCACAUCGCCGCUGACCACCGUUGAGCUCAUAUCGAGUGCCGCCUGUAGCGGACUCCUGGCCACCCGGCUGAGUGGUAAGGCCUUGGAGCAUACCUUUCAGGACAUAAUACUGCUGCACGAGGCCUACGACGACAUGUCGGAAGGUGAACAGCGUUUGCAUGCAACGUUCCUGGGCAGCAGCGAUGAUGGCAACAACUCGGAUUGCUACGAUGCGAGGCAGUCGCCGCCAAAGGCCAUUGUCGAUUCCAGUCCACUGCAGCCGGCCAUGGACAAGAAUAAAGAAUCGCUCAAAGUGAAGCUCAUGGUGCGGCGGCCGCAUUCGCAGCUCGUCGAGCAGGGCAUCAUACCAUCUCUUAAAACCUCGCCCGCCAUCCACGAACAAUGCAAGCAAUUGGAACGCGCCAAGACCAGCGAUCUGCUGAAGGCCAAAAUCCAGCAGCGACCCAAUCGCGAGGAUCUCGAACGCCUGCACAUUUUGGAGGAGGACGAGUGCCACAUCGAUCCCAGUCUGGCGGAGAAGCAGCGGAUGCUGAAGAAGGCCCGCCUGGCGGACCAGCUCAAUUCACAGAUCCAGCACCGACCUGGUCCGCUCGAGCUGAUCAAGAAGAACAUCCUGCACACGGAGAAACCGAUCGAGAAGAUCGUUAAGGAGGGCCUCGUCUCAUUCAAGGCCACCAGCGAGGGACUGCUCACCCGGCCGCAGCAUCCGCACAGCUAUGUAACCUUCGAUGAGGACUCGCUGAGCUCGGAGAGCGAUACGCGACAGACGCCACCGCGUCUUGAUGAACCCAUGGUGGUGGUGGCCACCGGCAGUAGCUCUCCCACCGAUGUGCUCCAGGCCGCUGCUGCCUCCGCGGGCAUUGUGACGAUGGCCUUGACGAUGCCCACUGCAGGACAACUGGUGGUCACAUCGCCGCAGAUACCACCACAGCUCAAGACGGUGGUGGUGGAGGCACCAGUGCCACCACCUCCACCGCCGCCUCCGCCGCUGCCCAAUAUUAACAUCAAGGUGAAGCAGGAGACGGCCAAUUUGUUUGAGGAGCUCUGCCAGAGUGUCACCGGUGUGUCUGCGGCGCAGCAGCAGUUCCUGCCCAUGCUGGCCUCACCCUGCUCCCUGGCUUCCAGUACAUCCACACUGAGUCCAUUGUCUUCCAUCGCCUCACCGCCACCGCCGCCGAUGAAUACCACGACGCGCUUGCAUCUGCAACCUGUUUCCGUCAAAUCCGAUGCUCCUGGAAAGGAUAAGAACCGCAAAAAGUCCAAAUCGAAGCCGGUUUCAAAGGCGCGAACCAUUAAAUUCCAUGAAUACAAGGGACCACCGAGCGCCAACGCUGGCCAGAAGCAGGAUCAUACGCAGCCGGAGGAGACAUCCUACCAGCUGAUGUUGGAGCAACAGAACUGCUUGCUCAAGUUCCUGGAGAACCUCAACAAGAACCAGUCCAUCCUACCCUCAGCAGCGGCAGCUGCAGCUGCAGCAGCGGCGGCAGCCUCGGCCUCGGGAGUUACACUGCCAACGGCACCAGGAGCGACGACCAAUAGCAAUAGCAUUACGGUGACCACGAAGACGGUGCCAGCUCUGGCCUCUCAAUCGGCACCAGCGCCAGCUCCCAUUAGCCUGCCCAAUACCAUUUCCAUAACGAGCAGCAGCGGCGGAGCUCCAUUGAACUUUGGCGAUGCCACCAUGUUGACAUCGGCAGCAACGGUGGCACCCACACCGCCGACGCUCUCGCUGAUUGCUACUCCUCAGCAGCAGCAGCAGCAACAGGUGCCACAGCAACAGCAGCAGCAAGUGCAGCUACAACAGACAGCUGCAGCAGUGCAGCAGCAUCCGCCACCCCUGCCCUCGCCGGCGCUCUCUAUUAGCUCCUCGAUUCCGCCUAGUCCGGCCACCAGUUAUGCCGAGUCCACCGCCAGUUCCAUUACGGAUAUGACGCGUCUGGAGAAGAUGAAGGUCUCCGAUCUGAAGCAGCAUCUGAAGCGAAGGAAUUUGCCCGUAUCUGGACCCAAGCCGCAUCUCAUUGAGCGUCUGAAACCAUAUCUGCCACUGGAGCCGCUCGAUAGCAUAGUCACACCCACAGCAGCUGCUACCCCGGCCUCGACUGGCACUGGCACCACCGAGGUGAUCACCAUCAGCGAUGCCAUGGACACCAGUAAUUGCGGUUUAGUGGAACAGCAGCCACCUCCUGUGGCCAUGUUAGUCUCGGAAGCCGUUGCCAUGGAGCACGAGCAGAUGGACGUAGUGCAGCAGCAGCAGUUGGACACCACGCAAACGAUGACGCUGCAAACGCUGAUGCCACCUCAGCCACAGACGGCCACCAUUAUCCUGACCAACGAGGAGCUGCUGCGGGAACAGCAGCGCAAGAUUGACGAGCUGCAGCGGCAACUGCAGCGAUCGCAACUUGAGUUGCAGAAGAUCCGACAGCGGCAGCAGCAGCAGCAGCAUCAUCAGGUGGUGAAUGCUCUGCCCUCGCAGCAGAUAACGCUGAUCACCACGACCACGUCCACGUCCAAUGGGCCACAGCAGCAGACGCUGACGGUGCUGCCGCAGCAGCUGGAGAAGAGCAUACCCGCCAAGGUAACCGUCAAGGCCACAGGCUCUGCCAGUGCCCACAAGGUGAAUGGGUUGCUACAGCAGCAGCAGCCGCAAUCGGGAACAGUGGUUAAAAAGCAGCCAGCAAACAACAAUGGCAGCAACACCACCAACAGCAGCAACAUCACCUCAACUAAUCCAGCACCAAUUAGCCAAAAGAUGGUGGUCAAGCAGCAGCUGGAGGCCAAGAUCCAGAAGCAAAAGGCAGCAGCGGCAGCUGCCGCACAGCAACAGCAGCAACAGGCCCUGCAACAGCAGCAGCAACAGCAGCAACAGGUGCGCCUGCUCACGCAAAAGACACAAACUGUACUCAUUCCAUUCAACCAGAACAACAAUCAUGUAAACAAUGCCACGCCUGCCAAGACAAUAGCCAAGAAAUCCAACAACGCCACCAUAUUGCAGGCAGCCAAGCCGGCGGCCACCACAGUGGCGACAGCAACCACUUCGCACCAGCAACAGCCGCAACAGCAGCCGCAGCAGCACAACAACCUGGGUCUGCUGUGGAACGAGGGCAAUCAGACCAUCUUCCUGGUGGGACUCAACGAUCAGCAUAUGACGGCGCACACGUUGGGCAACAUCAGUUUGACGGCCACCACAGCAGCACCAGCAGCAGCAGCAGCAGCAGUUGCAGCACCUGCUGGGGCACCAGCGCCUGUGCCAGCCACAGCUCAACCGAAGAAACUCCUGAAUGGCCACCAACGCACAAAUUCCCUGCCCAGCAUUGUCUUUCCCAUCGAGGCCAAGUCUAUAAUCACACAGCAGCAGUUGCAGCAGCUCCAGCAGCAGCAGCAGCAGCAGCAGCAGCAACAGCAGCAGCAAUUCCAGCCUGCAGUGCAGCAGCAGCAGCAACUCAUCCAACUAGACAUCAAGCCAACGCCACCACCACCGCCGCAAUACGAGGAGGCCACCAAGCAACUGGCGGCCAGCAAGGCUGCAGCAUUGAAUGGCUUGAUGCCGCUGGUCAAGAUUAAGGAGGAGCCUGUGCCAUCGCCGCUGCCGACACCGGCGGCCAGCAAGCGCAAAUCGGCGGGCAUCAAGUCCGAACAGGUCAGCGAUGUCCUGGACAUACUCAUCAAGCAGGGUGAGCUGCCCGAGAGUGCAGCUCUGGAGCCCAUUACACCGCUGACGCCGUUGCCCGAGCUGGCAAUGUUUAAUGGAGCCACGGCCACAACGACCAUGCCAACGCCCACGACGGUGGCGGGUGGAGCCAGCAUAGUGCCGCUAGUGCCCAAACUGGAGGCACCACCCACGCCCAUGGCCAUGGACACGAACGACACGCAUGUGAGCUACACCAGUCACGGUUUCAUCGAGAGCAUAGACAUGGCUUCGCCCCUCCAGCCGGAUCCCACAGCCGCCACCAUAGAUGCCGAGAGUGUGGCCAAGACGCUGGACAUCUUUCUGGAGCAGCAUCAUGCCACACCACCGCCAAGCACGCCGCCCAAGAGCUGUCACAGCGUCGGAGGCGGCGGCGGCGGAGGCACCAGCGGUGUUCUCAACGAUAAGCCCAACAAUAGUCCGGACGCCAAGCAGCUCAAUCAUUUUGAUGAAUACGAGCUGCUGGAGCUGAUGUCGCAGCAGCUGGAAAUGGACAUGGGCGACGAUUCGAGUAGCUAUUGCCACACCUCCGCACCCGCCAAGAGCAGCAGCAACAACAACCUGCGACGCGAUCUCAAUCCCAGCCUGCAGCCGUCCAUCAAUGAGCUGCUGGAUGCCAGCAGCCCGGACAGCGUGCUGCUGAACAACAAUCCCAGCACCGAUGUGGACUUUGAUGCCGAUAGCUUUGUGGCUCAGCUGAGUCAGCAUGUCACCGGAAAUGGCAAUACGGGCGUGGUGGGAUCCGCCGGAGAGGCAUCCUCCGCAUCGGUGGUGAAUGGCCACUUCAGCGGCCACAGCACGCCCAUGGAUUGCGAUGACUUCGAGAGCACUCUCAACUCGUUUAUGCAGGCGGUGACCCAACCGCAGGCGGGACAACACAACGAGUACUCCACCACGACGACGACAUGCAUGGCCAAUGGAACGGGCAUGGAUGGUUCUGUCAAUGGCACUGGCGGCGGUGGAGGAGGAGGAGGAGCAGUGGAUGCCUUCAAUGCCAGCGGGGAUAUAUUCGAUCUGUUCAACAUGGACGAAUACAAGAUGAACUGGGCGGCGGGGGAUUUUACAGUGUAAAAAACAGCCUAUAGAUAUUCAGGCAGAGCAGAAUUUUCAGAAAAUUAAUUUUUCAUCCAAUUCGGAUUUGAAUUUUAAGCAGAAAGUAAAAACCCUUGCAGUUCUGUGUUAAAUAUAUAUAUUUCCACCCUAAAAAACUUUGUUCCGUAUCAAGAAAACUAAUCAUACACACAAUCCAGCGUGGUGCUCACUUUUCUUCAACAAAAUAUAUAUAUUUAUAUAUAUUCCUGAAGAAUUCGUUUCGAAGAAGAAAGCAAACACACACACACACUACACACAAAUCCUAUUUUAUUUUCUAAAUGCAUUUAAAAAUAUUUGAACGCCAGUUGAAAUUUCGAAACUUUACUAUUUCCAACAAACGAAAAACAAAAAAACGAAAAAACAAAGCCAAAAUUGCCGGGAGUAAAACACUCCAAAAAAAGAGAAAACAAAAGAAAACCAUACUUUUGCACCCUUUCCUAUAUAAGAAACAACAAAAAAAACAGCCAAAACAUUUAGAAAAGCAAAAAUAACAAGUAAAACUUAACCAUAAACUAUCAUUAAAACGUAAGCCUAAAAAAGGGUUGUAAAGAUCAAAAAGGAGAGAAAACCGAGAGAGAAAAGAGAAAAGAAAAACAAAAAGUACAUGUUUCUAAUGAAGGUCAUUCCAAUUUGAAAAUAAUGCGAGUGAAAUCUAACUAUCUAAAAAGGAUAACAAGGAUGCAGAGAGACAGCGAGUGGAGAGCGUGAAUGAGAUGAGUCCAGGACCAGGACGAUGAGGAUAAAGAUCUGGCAGAGAUAUAUACUUAUAUAUAAAGAGAAAUUAUAUAAAUAUAUAUGAGAAUCGCGCCAAGCGACACAUAAGAGAAUCGAAACACAUUCAGUAAUUUUGUUUUAAGUUCUAUUUAAAAUGAAAUGAAAUUAAAUUAUUUAGAGCCCCAAGCCAGGCUUAAUUCUAAAAUUAAAUACACACAAAAUUUGAGAAGUAUUUCCUGCAAGGAAAGAAAAAGCCUUUAACGUAGUCGAGAAGCAAACAAUUUAAAUUAAAAAACCUUUUGAUCAAUUUUCAUUUUAAAAUGUCUUCUAAACCUAUUAGGGAAAAUAUUUAUAAAUAAUUAUCGAUGGUUCAGUGCGAAUUCCGUUACUUAAAUUAAUUCUAAAUAAAUUAUAUCUAAUUAUAAACAUAUAAUUUAAUUAUUUCGUAAAGGUAAUAAAUAAUUCGAGUCCUGCGGCGUAUACUUAACGCACAUUUCUUAACCGUGUUUAACGCAAUUCGGAAUUGUAAUUGUUUUUAACUUUUCGUAAUGCUAAGUGUAUUUUGUAAAUCGAGAAAGAGCAUGCCAAGCAUUCGGACAUAUUUUUGAGUGUUUCACCGCUCAAUUAAAAUAAAUUAAAGUUUAAAUAAAUAAA